UACUGCGCAGACUCGCCCUCGCCUGUGCUCCUAAGAAGUGGGUAGCGGCUUAAGAAUGGAUUAGGCGAAGAAGUGCUUUUGUGUGGGUGCAGAUCCCUUAAGUGAAAUACAUUUGUUGAAAGGCUGAAAACUAAGGCUGUCUAGGAAAACCGAGAUAUAAGUAGUUCCGGAAGCUGGUUGAGAGGAAGGAUCUGAAAAAUGGCUGAUAAUCUGGAUGAAUUUAUUGAAGAGCGAAAAGCCAAACUGGCCAAAGACAAAGCAGAAUUAGAAAGUGAUCCACCUUACAUGGAAAUGAAGGGAAAGGCACCAGAGACGCUUUCUGAAAACAGUAAAAUAUUAAUCUCUAUGGCUAAGGAAAACAUACCACCAAACAGUCAACAACCUAGGGGUUCCUUAGGAAUUGAGUAUGGAUUAAGUUUACCCCUUGGAGAAGAUUAUGAACGAAAGAAACAUAAACUAAAAGAAGAACUGCGACAAGAUUACAGGCGCUAUCUUACUCAGGGACUUGCACAAGCAAAAAGAAAGAAAAAUUUUCUAUCCACGGGUGAAACAGAUCCAUCUACUCUGGGAGUUUCUCUUCCUAUUGGUGAGAGGUUAUCUGCCAAGGAAAGGUUGAAACUUGAACGCAACAAAGAAUACAAUCAGUUUCUCAGGGAUAAGGAAGAAUCCAGUGAAAAGUUCAGACAGGUAGAAAAGAGUACUGAGCACAAGAAUCAAAGAAAUAAAAAAUCUGUUAGUCAAAUUAAGACUGACUUACCUUCACAAAUAGAAACAUCUUGUGAAAAUUUAGAGCGUCCUAGGAGAGACAACCUAACUCCUUCAGAUGCAUAUGAAGAGCUUCUUAACCAAAGACGACUAGAAGAGGACCGGUAUCGACGACUAGAUGAUGAAAUAGAAUUAAGAAAUAGAAGGAUUACUAAGAAGGCGAAUGAAGACGUGGGGAUUUCUGAUACAAAACAUCAAAGGUUUGUCAGCCAGACCGGCAUUCCAGAUAGAAGAUUUUCCAGGUUUAAUGAAGAUCGUGCUUUUCACAGACACUAUUAUAGGCCAGAUCAAGAUCCUGAAGUAAAAGAAGAAAUGGAUGAGAGGUUUAGAUAUGAAAGUGAUUUUGAUAGAAGACUUUUGAGAGUGUACACAAAUGACAGGAUACAUGGGAACAGACGAGGGACUGUGCCUCCUAACGAGUAUGAUGAUGAUGUCACAGAACAAUCAAAUACACGAAUUUCAUCUGCUGGAGAUAAAAGUGCUCAAGACAAUGAACCAUCAAAGUCUGCUAAUCGGGACAUCUGUAGAAAAAAAAAAAUGCUCUUUGGAGGUGAAGAUCGAGAGCUAAUUCAGAGAAGGAAAGAGAAAUAUAGACAAGAACUAUUGGAACAAAUGGCUGAGCAACAGAAGAACAAGAGACGAGAAAAAGCUUUAGAACUCAGGGUUGCAGCUUCUGGAGCACAAGACCCUGAGAAAUCGCCUGAUAGAUUAAAGCAGUUUAGUGUGGCACCAAGGCAUUGUGAAGAGAUGAUACCACCUGAAAGACCCAGAGUAGCUUUCCAGACACCUCUCCCUCCUCUAUCUGCCCCAUCUGUCCCACCCAUCCCAUCAGCUCACUCCAUCCCUCUUCAAAGUGAAGAUUUGCACAGUGGACUCAACAGCACCCUUGGUGAACUGGUGCCUCCCAGGAUUGCACCUCUGCCUCCUCCUCCCCUACUACCACCUUUGGCUGCUAACUAUCGAACUCCUUAUGAUGAUGCAUACUAUUUUUAUGGUGCCAGAAAUACUUUGGAUCCCAGUCUUGCUUAUUAUGGCUCAGGAAUGAUGGGAGUACAGCCUGCGGCCUAUGUUACUGCUCCUGUAACCCACCAGCUACCACACCCUAUUGUGAAUACAAUUGGACAGAAUGAGCUGAAAAUUACAAGUGAUCGAGCGAUAAAUUCAGGAUUAUUUUUUGAAGAUAAACCAAAACCUUCAAAACAGUCACUUCAGUCUUACCAAGAAGCUUUGCAGCAGCAGAUUCGGGAACGAGAAGAAAGAAGGAAGAAAGAACGAGAAGAAAAAGAAGAAUAUGAAGCGAAAUUGGAAGCUGAAAUGAAAAGUUAUAACCCCUGGGGGAAAGGUGGAGGUGGUGCUCCUCUCAGAGAUGCCAAAGGAAAUCUGAUAACUGAUUUGAAUAGGAUGCACAGACAAAAUGUAGAUGCCUACCAUAACCCAGAUGCAAGAACAUAUGAAGAUAAAAGGGCUGUUGUAUCUCUAGACAGAAAUUUAGCCACUUCAAAUGCUGAGAACCUAGAAGAUUCUGCAAAUAAAAACUCAGGUCACAUGCAAACACAGAGCUCUCCUUUUGCUCGUGGAAAUAUAUUUGGUGAGCCUCCAACUGAACUUCAGAUUAAACAGCAAGAAUUAUACAAGAAUUUUCUUCGUUUUCAGAUUGAAGAAAAAAAACAAAGAGAGGAAGCAGAGCGAGAGAAACUAAGAAUUGCAGAAGAAAAAGAAGAAAAACGGCUUGCAGAACAGAGAGCAAGAAUUCAGCAAGAGUAUGAAGAGGAACAGGAAAAGAAAAGGGAAAAAGAAGAGGAGCAAAGGCUAAAAAACGAAGAGCUUAUUCGAUUAGCCGAAGAAAGACGAAAAGAAGCAGAAAGAAAGAAGAAAGAAGAAGAAGAAAAACACAACCUGCAACUUCAGCAUUACUAUGAAAGAGAAAAUAAGAUUGGGGAAGAAACAAAGCACUUGAGACAGCCUUCUCCUGUAGUUCCUGCUCUUCAGAACAAAAUGGCCAGCAAGCUCCAAAGACCUCCUUCAGUUGACAGCAUCAUAAAUUCCUUUAUUCAUGAAAGUUCCAUGUCCAGGGCACAAUCUCCUCCAGUACCUGCCAGGAAAAAUCAGCUACGUGCAGAAGAGGAGAAAAAAAAUGUAAUUAUGGAAUUAUCAGAAAUGAGAAAACAGCUGCGUAGUGAAGAGAGACGUCUGCAGGGGCGGUUGCUACACAUGGACAGUGAUGACGAAAUUCAUAUAAGGAAAAGAGAAAGGAAUCCCAUGGAUAUAUUUGACAUGGCUAGACAUCGACUGCAAGCUCCUGUCAGAAGACAGUCACCCAAGGGCUUAGAUGCUACCACUUUCCAGAAUAUUCAUGAUUUUAAUGAGCUGAAAGAUAGAGAUUCAGAAACACGAGUUGACCUGAAAUUUAUGUACCCAGAUCCUCCAAGAGAUCAUCACACCUUAGAGAUUCAGCAGCAGGCCCUGCUAAGAGAGCAGCAGAAGAAGCUGAAUAGAAUGAAAAUGCAGGAAGGUGCCAAAGUUGACUUAGACGCUGUUCCACAUGCUAAAGUUCGAGAACGCAGAAUGCUCAGAGAUGAAACCAAUGAUUUCUUGAAAAACUCAUUGCUGGAAUCUGAUAGUGCUUUUAUUGGUGCUUAUGGUGAGACAUAUCCUGCCAUCGAAGAUGAUGCUGUUCUUCCACCAUCACAGCUGCCUUCUGCAAGGGAGCGCAGGAGGAACAAAUUGAAAGGAAAGGACAUGGAUAACAGCCGUCCUAAUGUGCCACCAGAUGGUCUCUCUUUAAAAUCCGUAUCCAGUGUAAACAUUGAUCAAGUUAGGAUGAAAAAUGAAGAACGAAUGCGAAGACUGAAUGAACUUCACAAUAAACCAGUUAAUACAGAUGAUGAGAUUUCACUGGUUGACCCUGAUGAUAUCAUAAAACACACGGGUGACGAUGGAUCAAACUCUGUAGCAACUGAGCCUUGGCUCCGCCCUGGCACCUCAGAAACGCUGAAACGUUUCAUGGCCGAGCAGCUAAACCAGGAGCAGCAGCAGGUUCCAGGAAAACCAGGCACUUUCACUUGGCAGGGCCUGUCUACUGCACAUGGUUAAAAUAAACCUGUAUUGGACCCAGUAGUGCCUUUUAAGGUGAAAGGAAUGUUAAGUCAGUACCUUUUCUAACAUGUCCUACCUGAAAGCUCAUUACUUAUACUCCAUCUGUAUAUAUAGUGUAUUUUUCCAUGAUGUAUAUAAUGUAUAGUAUGUACAUAAAUAAAAGACCAUUACUGAUUUAUAUAAUAGAAUUGUAUAAAAUUAUUUUUGAAGUUCUGUCAUAAACUAGGGUGGUGAUGAAUAACCUCUUGGAUUCAACUACCAUAUGUGCAUUAUUUCAAUUCAUCAUUAAGGUGAAUUAAAC